UUGGCCCUCUUUGGCUUUGCCUCGUCCCCUCCGCCGCCGCUGGCCGAAACAAGCGAGAGGAUCAGAGGAGGGGGCAACAAGCAAAACAAACAAAAAGGGAUCCCAAAACAAAACUGGCCCUUGGCCUUAACACCGGGCGCCAGGGCCAGCGAGUGAGCUCGCCUCGCCUCGCCUCGCCUCCCUCGCGCAGACCUGUCGUAUCGUAGGAAUGGAAUGAGGCCGAGGCCCCUCCACCCUUCCUCCUCCUCGUCGGCGGCGCUUCUCCCGUGACAAGCCUCCCUUCCUCCGGUCCAGUCGCCGUCCGACCCAAUCCGUAUCCACCCACCAGAUAGGGUACGAUGGAUUUGUCCAGGUUCGCCUCCGGCGUCGGGCCCAGCCGCGCGGCCCCUCGGGCGGGCCUGCAGAUCGGCGCCGCCGGGAAUGGCUUCCGGCCCUGCACCCAGCGGCGAGCGCGGCACCGCGGCGGCGGCGGCGGGUACGGGAGCCUCACGUCCACCGCCGCCGCCGCCGCCCUCCGCGGCCGCGGCGGGCUCUUCUACCUGGCUCCCACGCGCGGGAGCCCUCCUCUCAGUCUCCGCGCCAGAGGGCGGCCGCCGCGGUGCCAGGGCAACGACUCAUUGGCCUACGUCGACGGCCCCUUGGAGGCCGCCAAGGACUCCGGCGAGGUCACCGACGAGGAGGCCACCAGCUCGGGGUCCGACGACGAGAGGGGCCCCGGCCCCGCCGACGUCGACCGUCUCAGGGAGAUGCUGCACCGGUCCAGGAACGAGCUGGAGGUGGCCAGGCUCAACAGCACCAUGUUCGAGGAGAAGGCGCAGCGGAUAUCCGAGUCGGCCAUCGCGCUCAAGGACCGCGCCGACGGCGCCCAGAGGGACGUGUCUGCGGCCGUUGCCACUGUGCAGGAGAUUAUCGGCAAGGAGGCGGACGCCAAGGAGGCCGUUCAAAAGGCUACCAUGGCACUGUCGAUGGCCGAGGCGAGGCUGCAGCUGGCAGCGGAGGCGCUGGAGGCGAAGCGGGGCUCGGUCGGGCCAAUGGAGGUUAGCAUCGAAGGCGUGGAGGAGGAGGCCCUUGUGUCUGCGCAGGAAGAGAUUAAGGAUUGCCGGAUGGCCCUGUCACGGUGCGAGGAGGAGCUGGGACGUGUCCAGGACAAGAAGAUGGAGCUGCAGAAGGAGGUUGAUAGGCUGACGGAGCUCGCAGAGAAGGCCCAGUUGGACGCGUCCAAGGCCGAAGAAGAUGUUGCCAAUAUAAUGGUGUUGGCUGAGCAGGCGGUGGCUCUUGAGAUGGAAGCUGCACAGCGUGUCAACGAUGCGGAAAUGUUGCUGGGGAAAGCGGAGAAGGCCAUAUCCUCAGUUGACACUGUGGUGGAGCUAACGUCAUCUGCUGAAGAGCAGAAAAGCACUGAAGAAGAUAGCAUUUCUGAAGGGUACGAGUAUAGCAGUGAUGCCACCGAUGAUGUUUCUGUGAGGGAUGAGGUGUCAAGUAUCGAGCGUCUAAUGGUUGGUGACUUGACUGUUGAGGGCAUUGAGCAGCUUGAACCAUCCCGUGAGAUAUAUGAUGAAGCAAGCAGUGAUAAGACGUCUGUUGAGCCUCAGAAAGAGGCUGAGCCUGAUUCAGAUAAGUCAAAGCAAGGGAAGAAGCAGGAAAUGGAACGAAAGGAGGUCACCAAGGAACCACUGAGUGCUCCAAAAGCACUGGUGAAGAGAUCAUCCCGCUUCUUCCCGGCAUCUUUCUUCUCCUCCAAAGUUGAUGGAGAGUUUACGCCUACAUCAGUCUUUCGGGGGUUAAUGAAAUCAGUGCAAAAACAGGUUCCGAAGCUUGUUGUUGGGAUAUUGCUUCUUGGUUCAGGGGCAUUCUUCUUAAAUAGAGCUGAGAAGAGUCAACUAUUUCAGCAGCAAGGCAUUGCCACAAGCAUUGGAAAGGUAACCUCCACAACAAAGCCCAUAGUUCGUGAGAUACGGCAAAUUCCACAGAGAGUAAAGAAGCUAAUAGAGCUCUUACCUCAUCAAGAGGUAAAUGAGGAAGAAGCUUCGCUUUUUGACAUACUGUAUUUGCUUCUGGCCAGUGUUAUUUUUGUACCAUUAUUUCAGAAAAUCCCUGGAGGCAGUCCUGUUCUUGGAUAUCUUGCUGCUGGUGUCCUCAUUGGUCCAUAUGGGCUCUCCAUCAUCCGUAAUGUGCACGGGACAAAGGCAAUUGCGGAAUUCGGAGUCGUGUUCUUACUAUUUAACAUUGGACUUGAGCUUUCUGUGGAAAGGCUAAGCUCGAUGAAGAAGUAUGUCUUCGGCUUGGGAUCUGCUCAGGUGCUGGCUACUACUGCAGCUGUUGGUAUGAUAGCUCAUCGUUUUGCUGCACUACCAGGGCCAGCAGCAAUCGUUGUUGGGAGUGGGUUGGCUCUGUCAUCCACAGCUGUUGUCUUACAAGUAUUGCAAGAGCGUGGUGAAAGUACGUCACGUCAUGGGCGCGCUACAUUUUCUGUGUUAUUGUUCCAGGAUUUGGCUGUGGUGGUUCUGUUGAUAUUAAUACCUCUCAUAUCACCUAAUUCUUCAAAAGGAGGGGUUGGUUUCCAAGCAAUAGCAGAAGCCAUGGGAAUGGCUGCAGUCAAAGCAGUAGCUGCUAUAACUGCCAUAAUUGCUGGAGGCCGUCUGUUGCUCCGUCCUAUUUACAAAAUAAUUGCUGAAAAUCGGAAUGCCGAGAUAUUUUCAGCGAAUACACUCCUUGUUAUUUUUGGCACAAGUCUUCUUACAGCCCGGGCUGGGUUAUCAAUGGCACUUGGAGCUUUUUUGGCUGGCCUGUUACUAGCAGAAACGGAGUUCUCCUUGCAGGUUGAGUCAGAUAUAGCUCCGUAUCGUGGUCUUCUGUUAGGACUUUUCUUUAUGACGGUUGGAAUGUCUAUUGACCCAAAGCUGCUUCUGUCAAACUUCCCAGCAAUCUCUGUGAUAUUGGGUCUCUUGAUAUUUGGAAAAACAUUGUUGGUUACAUUUGUCGGCAGGGUGUUUGGGGUUUCUACUAUAGCUGCUAUUCGUGUUGGCCUCUUGCUUGCACCUGGUGGUGAGUUUGCUUUUGUUGCCUUUGGAGAAGCUGUCAAUCAGGGUCUUCUAUCACCUCAAUUAUCAUCGUUGCUAUUUUUAGUCGUUGGCAUUUCAAUGGCUCUGACACCAUGGUUAGCUGCUGGGGGGCAGUUUCUCGCAUCAAAAUUUGAGCAGCAUGAUGUGAGGAGUUUAUUGCCCGUGGAAAGUGAGACUGACGAUUUGCAAGACCAUAUUAUUAUAUUAGGCUUUGGACGUGUUGGGCAGAUCAUUGCGCAACUCCUGUCAGAGCGGUUAAUCCCUUUUGUUGCACUUGAUGUUAGAAGCGAUCGGGUAGCAGUUGGGCGUGCACUUGACCUUCCAGUGUAUUUUGGGGAUGCUGGAAGCAGAGAGGUACUGCACAAAGUUGGAGCUGAAAGAGCUUGUGCUGCUGCAAUUACUUUGGAUACUCCUGGUGCAAACUACAGAGCUGUCUGGGCAUUGAGCAAAUAUUUCCCAAAUGUGAAGACAUUUGUUAGAGCACAUGACGUUGAUCAUGGUGUUAAUUUGGAGAAAGCUGGUGCAAUGGCGGUUGUCCCUGAGACCUUGGAGCCAAGCCUUCAGCUAGCUGCUGCUGUUCUUGCACAAGCAAAACUUCCAAUGUCAGAGAUUCAGGAAACCAUCAGCGAGUUCCGGAAUCGACAUCUGUCAGAGCUUACAGAGUUGUGUGCUACGACAGGAAGUUCUCUUGGCUAUGGGUUUUCCAGAGUUACGUCCAAAUCGAAGUCUGUCACCCCCGAUGAUGAAAGCGAAACAGUGGAUGGUGCACUAGCUAUUUGAUGCCGAUUAGAUAAAAUGGGACCCCUUGAUAGUACUAGAUUGAUUGCACUGUUCAGUAGAUAAUCUUGUUGCAUGUAGAAAGAGUGGAAUAAUAAUUCAUGCAAGAGCUGUCAUAAAAGUUGGCGUGCAAUUUUGUAUGUUAGAAUAUACUUAUAUAUACCCUUCUGUUGCCAGCUAUUUAGCCUAAAAAAUUGUUUGCAUAAAA